CUUUGUGGAGACACAAGAAGAAGAAUCAGUUUGUUCUAGUAAGACCCGUGAUUACAACUAUUCAGCCAUGGAGCUGUUGGACAGGAUGGCCACAGGCGCCGGCGAGUGUCCCGGGAGCAGUCAGCACCGGGUGGACCACCUCCUCAGUGCCGUGGAGAGUGAGCUCCAGGCCGGCAGCGAGAAGGGCGACCCGACGGAGAAGGAACUGAAAGUCUGCCUGGAUGAGAGCGAGCUUUGGCAAAAAUUUAAGGAUCUUACAAAUGAAAUGAUUGUUACAAAGAAUGGCAGGCGCAUGUUUCCGGUGCUGAAAGUGAACGUUUCUGGAUUGGACCCGAACGCCAUGUAUUCUAUUCUGCUGGACUUCGUAUGUGCAGACAACCACAGGUGGAAAUACGUGAACGGGGAGUGGGUCCCCGGUGGCAAACCCGAACCUCAAACUCCCAGCUGUGUCUACAUCCACCCAGACUCUCCAAAUUUUGGUGCGCACUGGAUGAAAGCUCCUGUCUCCUUUAGUAAAGUCAAACUCACCAAUAAACUCAACGGAGGAGGUCAGAUAAUGUUAAAUUCCUUGCACAAGUACGAGCCACGCAUCCAUAUAGUGCGGGUCGGAGGCCCGAGGAGGAUGAUCACCAGCCACUCUUUCCCAGAGACACAGUUCAUUGCAGUAACAGCAUACCAAAACGAAGAGAUAACUGCUCUUAAAAUAAAGUACAACCCUUUUGCCAAGGCCUUCCUGGAUGCAAAGGAGAGAAGCGAUAAUAAAGACAUAAGAGAAGAUGCCAAUGAAAACCAGCAGUCGACUUACUCUCAAUUAGGUGGCUGGUUUAUUCCAGGCACAGGCUCUCUCUGCCCUCCUGCCAGUCCUCACAGCCAGUUUGGGAGUCCUAUCUCCCUCUCGCCGUCCCCCGGCUGUGAGCGCUACUCCUCCCUGAGGAACCACCGCUCUGCCCCUUACACCAGUCCGUACACCCAUCGGACCAACUCGCCCAUCAGUUACUCCGAUAACUCAGCCUGUCUAUCGAUGCUCUCAAGCCAUGAUAACUGGUCCAGUCUACAGAUGCCAACACACUCCAGCAUGAUGCCCAUGACCCACAAUUCCAACUCUGGUACCAACUCUAGUCAGUACACCAGCCUGUGGUCUGUGAGUAACUCGCCCCUGACUCCCGUGUCCCAGAAUGGAGGGAUAAACAACAGCCUGAGCUCCCAGUUCCUUCGAGGGUCCAGCAGCCACUACCCCAGCCUGUCUCACUCAGUCACAGUGCCCUCCUCUGGCUCUCCCAUGUACGACAGCGUCACAAUCACAGAAGUGCACGACACAGCUCAAUACGACACCUCUCCACAGGGCAGACUACCUUCAGCCUGGACUCCUGUGACGCCUCCGUCCCUCUGAUGGAAGUGUGUCUGUAAGCUUCUGGAGAGAUGGCCAUGAAAUAUUGUGACUUAAAGGAAGAAUCAACCCUAACAUUAAUUAAGUUUCAUUUGUUUCUAAAUUAAAUUUCACAAGCAAAAAGACUAUUUUCAGUUAAGAGUGAAAAAAUGUUUCACUUUCUGAUUGGUAGAUGCAAAAUCUUGAGUCCUUGAACUAACCUUUAAAAAUGGGCUUUGGUCUCAAUUAAUUACCUAGAGUUUCUUUCAAAAAUAACAAAAUGAAUAUGUUUAUUUGUUUGGUUUUUGGUUGAUUUUUUCCUUUAGGUAAACUAAAAUCCAUUUUAACUUGCUUAUAUUAAGCAUGACUCCAUGGUAUUCACAGCAAUAAGCAAAUGAAAUGUACAGUUGAAAAAUGUUAAAUGAUUUUAACUAUUGUUUAUAGUGAAAAUGAAAAGGCAAUUAAGGUUUACCGUGUAAAUAGAUAAAUGAGGCUUUUUGUACAACACUGAUGCCGUUUAUGAUAUUAUGUUCCUGAUUGUUUUAAAAAUUAAAUGAAAAGGUCUAAGGUCAACAUUCUGCUAUGCAGAUGAUCCACAACUAUCCAUAUCAUUCAAAAAACAUGUUGGGAUCUCUGCUGUUCUUGAGUCCAUCUACAUGACAUUAAAAACCUGAAUGCGCUUUACUAAA